GUUUAAUCCGUCGCUUAAUCGAUGUAGGAUGGUUUAGUCCUGUGCCAUGUAUUCGAGACAGACUCACCCGACUACCAAGACAACCCCAAAUGCCUAGGAUGCCAUCGAGGAGCAUGCAGUGGACACCACAAUGAUCACGAAUUCGGAGCUCCAAGCGAGGACACUUCACUCAAUUCACCACAUCCAGGAUCCAGGCCAAUGCACUAUUACCCGAAGCACCAUUCUGACCCAAGAUUAAAGUCUUACAUUGAACAACUUGGAAACCUCUUGUUCAGUGACUCUGAUCCUGACAACUCCGCAGAUACGGGAAACUGUGGUGCAGGAAGAGGCGACCCUCCAAUCACUGACUAUGGGCAGUCGAGAAAGCGCAAAAAGAUCUCAGAUGUUUGGGAUUACUUCACCAAGAUAUAUGCGCUCGACAUCAACGGGAAGGUUUUGACAUUUGCGGCUUGCAACCACUGCUGCAAGAUACUGACUGGCAGUUCGAAGGGUGGCACCACACACCUUGCAAGGCACACGUGCCCAUGCAAGUUCAAACCAGUAGCAGCUGGCAGAAAUGCCGAGGACUCCGGCGGCAACCCCAAUGUCCUAUUGUCCUAAGUUCUUGAUCUGGUCAUUUCCUUAGGAAUGCUUCUAGUACUAUAAAUCGAGAGUAUUUUCAAAGUUUGAAACUUCUUAAGAAUCGUGGCUAGCUAUAGAAAUAAGAUAGCUUAGUAGUUGCUCUGUGUGGAUCACCGUCGCCCUGUUCUCUUUCUUUCUCUUUUUACUCCGCCUAGGCACAACUUUGGCCCGUUGUGAUCAUUUAUGUGGGUGCUUUG